GGAUUGUUGUUUUUUUCUGUUUAUUUUUUUUCCCGCACACGGUUCUCCCGCAGCGGCAGCGUCACUUUGCCGAAUUUGACCAAUUUAACCCUUUUCGCUUGUAUUCUGUCUGCUACCGUGUUCGCUUUCGUCGCCGUCGUUGUCUUCGCUACCGUCAUUGCUCGCACGUACGCGAGCAACACCAUCCGUCGCUCCCUCCUUCACCGCGAUACUAGUAUACGGUCCGGACGAUAACGACAUUUUCUUCGAACCGCCGCCCCGUACACACGACACCGGGCACACGCCAACGACAUCACCGCUUCGGCUAAAUUGACACGGACGCCGGCAUCGACCCCUCUAACAUUCACGCGAACACACUUUUUUUUCUUUAUAUAUCAUUGACUUCAUUUAUAUACAUCUCGUACCGGUCGCCUGUCUCCGUUGCCGGAUAUGUUAGAAAAACUGUAUCAAAUCACAAAUUGCAUCUGACGCUCUGCGUGUGCUAAACGUUUUGCUGCAACAACUGUGCAUUACACCUCCACAAGAGUCGCCGUAUUAUUUCUCAGUUAUGGAAGUUAACACUGAAAUCAAUAAAAACGCUGACGAAUCGCAAACCACCACUCAGAAGUCUGAAGAUCACAAAAAACUACUUGAAUAUGGUAUUCAUGAAUUGGUUGCUGACAGGCUAGAUGAGAUUUAUAAGAGUGGUAAACUAGCACAUUCAGAUUUGGAUACUCGAGCAUUAGAUGCUUUAAAAGAAUUUCCAGUAGAUGCCGCUAUAGGAGUUCUGUCUCAAUUUCUUGAUAGCAAUUUAUUACAUGUAUCUAAUAAAUCUGCAUAUUUAUGUGGAGUUAUGAAAACUUAUAGGCAAAAAACAAGAAUAACACCUCAAGAACCAUUUGCUCAACCACCCAAAGGACCAGAAUUUGAUAAAGUCAAGGAAAUAUUAAAUCGAACUAAUUAUAAGUUUGAUGUAACAACUGGGCAACGGAAAUAUGGCCCUCCACCUGACUGGACUGAUCCCAAACCAACUGCUGGUUGUGAAGUCUUUUGUGGGAAAUUACCAAAUACUGUGUUUGAAGAUGAAUUAAUUCCUUUAUUUGAGAAGUGUGGUAAGAUCUAUGAUCUGCGUUUGAUGAUGGACCCACUUUCUGGUACCAAUCGUGGAUAUGCUUUUGUUACAUAUACUACUAAGGAAGAAGCUGAAAAAGCUACUAUAGAACUCGAUGGUUAUGAAAUUAAGCCUGGCAAAAUUAUUAAAGUGAAUAUUAGUGUACCUAAUCUUCGUCUCUUUAUUGGAAACAUUCCUAAAUCAAAAGGGAAAGAAGAUAUAAUGGAAGAAUUUGGCAAAAUAACAAGUGGACUUACCGAAGUCAUUAUUUACAGUUCUCCUGAUGAUCGUCGGAAAAACCGUGGAUUUUGUUUUCUAGAAUAUGAUUCUCAUAAAGCAGCCUCAGUAGCAAAAAGACGCUUAAGUGCUCCAAACUAUAAAGUGUGGGGUUGUGAUAUAAUUGUUGAUUGGGCAGAUCCUCAAGAAGAACCUGAUGAUGAAACUAUGUCAAAAGUUAAAGUAUUGUAUGUUAGAAAUUUAACACAAGAAGUGACUGAAAAUCGUCUAAAAGAAACUUUUGAAGCUUAUGGUUCUGUUGAAAGAGUAAAAAAAAUUAAAGAUUAUGCUUUCAUUCAUUUCAAUGAUAGAGGUUGUGCUCUUAAGGCUUUAGAAGAACUUAAUGGUAGUAAUUUAGAUGGAGCUACUUUGGAAGUAUCACUAGCUAAACCUCCUUCAGAUAAAAAGAAAAAAGAAGAAAUUUUAAGAGCUAGAGAACGUCGUAUGUUUACUAAUAUGCAAGGACGUGCUUUUGGGUUGAUACCUCAACCAAUAUCAUUAAUGGGUGCUCCAAGACCAGGAUAUCGUGCUGCUUCGAAUAAUUUACGUAUGGCUGGCCUAGGUGAUUUUGAUUGGCAAUGGGGAUUUAAUUCAUGGAUGUGGCCUGCAGGUCGAUGGGAUGCUGGAGCUACCGGUUCUUGGGGAUCAGCACCAACAGGAAAUAGACAAUGGCAUGGAGUUACACCGAACAAUCGUUCAUGGGGAAAUGGCAGUAGUGGCCGAGUUGGCGCAGCUGGAAAUAGUAGCGGCGCUUCAAACCAUGGGAAGUUUACAAGAUAAACAAGGCGAAAAGAGGUCUGACAAAAGUCUCCAGAAAGAGGGGGGUCUGCGCAAUCGGACCUGCAACAGCUUCAGGUGUAAGGCAUCGGC